AUGCAAAGCCUACUGAUUUUGACAGUCGUCUUUGCUCUCGUAUAUGGUGCUGCCGUUCUAGAAGGAUCUGGCUCACCAGCCGUUGUUGAAGGAGCUGAUGAUUGUUUCCCUACGAAAAUGUGCUACAGCGAUGAAGACUGCAUUAAAGGCAAAUGCGUCGGUUUAUUUGUCGGGAAAUGCAACUGCAUUGGAUGCAUAGACUUGGCCAGAUGCGACGAAGACUCGAUGUGUGGCGGCCUGAAGGGAGCAUGUGACCUCCACUUGGACAUGUGCAAUUGUACUGCGGAGUUACCGCAGUCAGGGAUUGAAAUUUGGCCGACGGCAGCGGAAGGGACACUCUGUGACGUAAAAUCCUGCAGCAAAAGCAAACGACGAAAAGGCAGUGCUGCGGGCUACCAUGCAGCGCAGGCAUGGUGUGCUUGUGAGUAA